AUGUCGCCGCCGCAGCCGCCACACACGGUGCCCCGAGAGACGGUGGCCGACGCCGUCGCCUCCCUCACCAAGUGGAUGAAGAAGCGCGCCGCGGAGGCGCGCCCGAACCUCCUCGCCGACGAGCGCGACGACCUCGUCGUCCUCCAGCUCUCGCUCCGCCGCGUCCCCGCCUCGCGCAGCACCAGGCCACACCUCCUCCCGCUGCCGCAUCCCGUCGUCGGGCACGACGGCGCCUCCGUCUGCGUCAUCUCGGACGACCGCCCCAAGUCGCGGUCCCCUCCCUCCUCCGACCUUCUCCACGCGUCCAAGUCGCUCCACCGUCUCCCCGUCUCCAAGGUCAUCCCGCUCUCCACACUCCGCACGGACUACCGACCCUACGAGUCGCGGCGCUGCCUCGCGGCCUCCCACGACCUCUUCGUCGCCGACCGCGCCAUCCUCCCGCUGCUGCCGCGCGUCCUCGGGAAGGCGUUCUACUCCACCAAGAAGGCUCCAAUUGGAGUCGAUUUCACCCGCGUCGGAUGGCCGGAGCAGGUCCGCAAGGUCCUUGGCUCUGCUUUUCUGUACCUGCGGUCGGGGACCUGCUCGGGGAUCAAGGUGGGUAGGCUGGACAUGGAGGAAGAGGAGAUCGUGGACAAUGUGAUGGCCGCGGUGGAGGCGGCUGUCGAGAAGGUGCCAAAGAAGUGGGCCAACGUUAGGGCGCUGCAUCUGAAGGCUGUGGAUUCAGUUGCCCUACCAAUUUACCAGGUUGUGCCAGAGUUAGGUAUGAAAAUCGAGGUGCCUGAAAUUGUUGGAUCUGGGGAGGUCAUUGAUGCGGCAGAAGCGGAGACUCACGGGAAGAAGAUUGACAAGAAGAAGGCAAAUGCUGGUGCCAGUGGAAGAGUGGUAUUUGCCAAUAUUAGUGCCAAGAGGAAGAGGAAUAAGAAGGAGCAGAUUGAGGAGGAUGUUGUGAUGCAGGAAGAAGUCCACGUGGAGACAGAGAAAAAGAAGAGGAAGAGCACUGCGGUUUCUGUGGAUGACAGCCAGAAGGUUGGCAAGAAGGGUAAAGAGAAGGACAAGCGUGGUUUGGAAAAUGAAAAUGAGGUGAAAGAAGCCAGUUUGGACAACAAGAAGAUUAAAAGGGGGAAGACUGAGGAGGGGAAGAAGAAGAAGAGCAUGAAGGGUGAUGGUGAAGUCGGUACUGAUGAAAUACAGGAAGAUAAGAAGAUCAAGGGGGAGAAAUCGGAUGGCAAGACCAAGAAGUCGAGGACCAGGGUAAGAGUAUAA